UGAGGGCGGCUUUUAUUCCUAAGGAGACGAGGCACUUCUUUGGCUGCUGAUUGGUAGAAGGUUGUAAUCCCGGAUGUACGAACGUUUCACACGCCAGAUGACGCUCUGAACGUUUCUCUUCGGAUAAUAAAAGAAGAAGAAGAAGAAAGCAAAAGCACGUUCUCAAGGUAGUCCUAAGCCGUAGUGGCUACUGGUUGAAAGUCUGACGGAUAAACAGCUCUACCGACACCAUUUUACUCUAGAGAGGAACCGAGGAACCACUGACAAUAAGAAGGCAGAUCUUCAUAAUAUCUUCGCAUUCACAUUCGAUCUUCUCGAGAUAUCCGUAGCAGUCGUCUUCUCAUUGAUUUGUUUGCAGUGGGCGGAGCUUAGACUCCAGGAGCGGGCGUUGUGUACCUGUGAUGAAACAUCGCUCGGCUCGUUCUCAGUUGCGAAAUCAAAGAUAAUGGAGUAACUUAUACCGAUCGAUUUGCCUUCGUGAGAUCUACUGAUACAUUUUUGUUGGACUUCCUCUCUAAGAUCAUGUGAAGAGACACGUGCAUUACACAUGCUUAUCUUGCAGUGUGAUCUGUCGAUUCUAGUUGAGACUGUGAAUUUCCUGAAUUUUCCUGUGUAAUCUCGUUCUUACGGGUUGUGGGUGUCAUGCAGUAUUGUAUACGAGUAUAUUGAAGUAACAACAGGUUACUGCGCAUUGCAGCUCUUUGUUCUCUACGAGAUGGCAGCACAUUUUGUUGUGGAAAUUGUGCUGUUAUUUUCAUGGCUUCAAGUGAUCUUUUGUGUUGAGAAAUCAUCAGCAGUCUCUUGUGAUGCAGCUGUUCCUACUGGUCCUCGAGGUCUUCCUGGUCCUGUGGGUCAGAGAGGCAUGCCUGGGGUACCAGGAACACAAGGCUUGUCAGGCUUACAAGGUUUACCAGGAGCAUUUGGAAAGACGGGAGAUCCAGGUCCUGUCGGUGUACAAGGUCUUCCUGGUCGUGUUGGCCCAGCAGGUCAGAAGGGGUCAAUUGGAUUGCAAGGUGCUGUUGGAUUGAAAGGAGAACAAGGUGACGUAGGACAAAAUGGAGUGAAAGGAGAAGUUGGUCGUAAAGGAGAGCAAGGUAUUCAAGGUCCAGUGGGUCCAAGAGGUUUACAAGGAGUUAGAGGAUACCCUGGAUACAAAGGAGAGAAAGGUUCACAAGGUUUGCAAGGCAUUCCUGGAUUAACUCCACUUUCUGAAAUAAAGAAACUUGAAAGUUUGGUAACAAGACUAUACAAUGAACUGAAGGUUCCCAGGGUUCCAGUUGGUGAUGAAGCUGGUACAUGCAACAUGAGCACAUCAGGUUAUUUGUUCUACCACAAUACUAAUAAAUCUUUGCUGUUUUGUGAUUCUGAGCAGUGGGUUGAGAUCUUGUUGAGACCAUACAUACCUUGUUCUGAAAUUAAGAUCAACUCUCUUCAGUGUAUGCAGAAGGUCAAGUCUCUCCCACCUGUAAAGGUUUAUUGUGAUUAUUCUGUGAUCUCUAGUGGGUGUGCACUUGUGUGGAAACACUCAUAUUUUCAAGUUGGAAAUCCAACUGAUGACAUGCGUACUUUCAGUUCAGUCGAUCGUCCAUGUACUGAUCUGUCUGAUGGUUGGUGUAAUGUGGGUAACAAGGAUAAUGUUGCUGGUAAUGUUCAAUUGACAGUUGCUUAUCACGAAGGAGAAGUUGUGUAUGCAUAUCGUGGUGAUCGUAAUUCUGAAGUGGGAAAGUCAUGGCGUGGAGCAAUACUCAACAAUCCAGUCAAAAUUACAGAUCAUUGCAUUCACCAUAAUGGGGUACCUCCAGAGCCAAAUACUCAUUCAUCUGCAAUACCAGGAUUGACGUUUGACAAAAGGAAGCCUGGUGCAUACAAUGUUCACUGUGAUACAGAUAGUUACAAGGAUAUGUAUGACUGUCGUUGGGAGAAUUGUUAUUUACCUUCAUCUAUCUCAUCCCAAAAAAGUCAUGUGCAAAUGACAGUUGCUAUAUUUCUUUGUUGAUUUUGCACACAGCACUGCAUGGGAUAGUUGCAUGUUGUUCUUGUUUGCAUUGUAUGAAAUGUAACAUCUAGUAUUGUGAACCUUGGACUUUCUUGUCAGGACUUCACAUGCAGCAUCAUUGGCGUUUGUUGUGUUUCUGUUUUCUUACCAUAAACGUUUAGUACAUGAAAAUUGCAAUAACAAACAAAUUGUUUUGUAUUGCUAGCCUAUAGGUUGUUAUAAUAGAC